CGGCGCCGAUUUUUGAAUUAGGUCUUAGUUUUUUAUCAAAUUAAGGAUUUUUAGAAAAUUCGGAAGGCUUUUUCGGGUUUUGAAGGUUGUUGGUUGCCUGGAAAACCAAUAAAGGCUUAAUUGGAAAAUCAGCUCCGGUCAGACGAUGUAGUUAGGUGUCUAGUUUAAAACAAAACAAACCUGAACUCUCCAGCUUGAAGUAUAUUAAAAAGUUUUAGAAAACACUUCAGGGUCCUUUUUGGACCUUGAUCUCUAGAAAACUCAUAAACGGUAAGGCUUGGAGACAAAAAAAUUUUUCGUUCCCGUAACUCAUUAAGCCAAAUAUUUCUGCGAAGUUUCGUCAAGAUCGGAUGUAUGAUACCGGAAAUUAUUUCUGAGGAGGGGGCUUAAUUUGACGGCUUCACUUAGGUAAAUUGACGUUGUUAAUGAUCAAUGUCUACACACCUCGACACAGACGUUUUAUAUGAGCGUGGUUUUAGUGUUAUUCAAUCGGUUUUUAAAUGAUUUUAUUUAGGCUGAUGGUAACAAUGGCGGUGCUAUUAUUGAUACUCAAUUACAACGUUAUUGUUCAAUAUGUCAUUUAUCCAUUCAUUUGACAAAUUACACAAGUUUACUUUACUUAAUCGAUUGUCUAUCUAAUAUUCAAUAUUUAGAUGUUGAACUUCUAUUUAAUGAUGAUACAACAACAAGAUCCGAUAUCUAUGAUUACUCACAGUUAUCAAUAAAAGUACCUUAUUUAACGUAUUUAAAAUUAUUUAUUAAUGGAUUUAGAGUAAAUUUAACAGAAAUUGAAUUGUUUGUUAAAAAUAUUUUCUCAUUGAAACGAUUAGUACUAAAAGUAUACAAUCAUCUAACGUCAAUUAAUUCAAAUCGUUUAAAAUAUAGAUUAGGUCUACAAACAAUGUUAACACAUUUGAAUGAUAUUUAUCUGAUAUUAGAUGCUAAAGGUACGAACGCCACAGAGUCAUUAGCAACAUUUCAAAAUGAUACAUUUUGGGAAAAUAAAACAGUGGAAUAUGUACAAGCGCAUUAUUCAAAUUACUUCUUGAUAAAAUCAUCAUAA